CAAAAUCGGCAAAGCAAUAUGUCGUUUUUCAAAAAGGUAAUUCAUUGUAUUUUCUUUUUUGAUUAUGAUUCAUCUGUCUCCUUUUCCUUGUUCACUCUACCUAAAUGAUACCCAAAGGGACUAUUUAAAGUGGUCUAUAAGAUAAAGUAUAUGUCAGUCAAGAAAAUCAGUGAAAUUGUCCAGUUGCCUUACUGAAGAAACGUUUAAUACAAUGAAGCACGAAUGUUCAAAUUGCCAUGUUUGGAGUAUUUGUUACAGGAAACUUACUCCUAAACUGUAUGAUUAUGCAGCGGAAAGGAGAAUAAAAUUGGAUAAAAGCUGUUCCUACAUUUGUAAUACCUGCUAUUGCCGACUUUAUUGCAUUAUCAAGAAAGGAAACGAGCCAGCAGCUCCAAGUGCAGUUAAUAUAGAAUGUGAAAAUCAAGAACUCACCGUUUCUGAACCAUCGAAACUUGAUGAUCUCGCCGUUGCCGGACCAUCAGGCACCAAUAAUUUCGCCGUGGCGGGACCAUCUAGAGUGAACAAUUUCGCCGCACCAGCAAACAUCAAUAAUGGUGGUUUCGAAAUAAUCGAUCCCAAUGCCGCUGGAUCAUCGGAAAUUGACGCUGUUCCUAGUGUUGAAUCUUUGUUUUCUUUGGAAUCAACGAGUGCUGAAUCAAUUGGUAGCGCUGGUGCCCAGAAACCCGGAGACGGUCAGGAAAUUCUUCAACAAAUGAAGGCAAAAUUUGAUGAAAUAUCUGACAGAAACGAUCGAUAUAGGAUUCUAACUUCCCUUCCCAAAUCCUGGACUGCAUACAAAAUGAUGCAAGAAUUCGGUGUUUCGCAACGAACUGCUCAACGUGCAAAGAAAUUACAGAUUGAAAAAGGUUUUAUGAGCACACCGGAAACCAGAGUAAAUAUGUUGUCUUUGAGCGAUGAUACUCUAACUGUAGUUAGGGACUUUUAUAAUAGUGACGAGAUAAGCAGAGCAUGUCCUGGGAAAAGGGAUUUCGUUAUUGAAAAUAUGGCAGGAGAACUUUUAUGUAACCUUCGUGAAAUUUAUUCAAUUUUCAAAGAGCAAUAUUUUACUUUUAAAAUUGGAUUUUCAAUGUUUUCCAGCAGCCGCCCAAAAAAUUGUAUUCUAGCUGGUUCAAGUGGAACGCCUACUGUCUGCGUAUGCAUUUAUCAUCAGAAUGUUAAAUUAAUGUUUAAAACCCUUAAGGACAAGAAACUUAUUCAUAACCAUUUAAAAACGUAUCAUGACUUGUUUUUUAAAAUACUUUGUGAAAAUCCUACAGAGAAAUGUUGGUUGAAAACCUGUGAUCAUUGCCCGGGUACGCAGACACUAGAGAAUGACCUGAUGAAUUCUCUUGAAAAUGUCGAUUCCUUAGAAUUUAAACAAUGGAAGCAAACAGAUCGUUGUCAUUUAAAUUCAAUGCGAAUUAUCUCCGCAUAAUUUUAUUGCAGAGCAACAAGGAAACUACUUAAAACAACUUAAAAUUAAUUUGGAAGCAACUGAUUGCAUUAUAAUUGCUGACUUCUCUGAAAAUUACUCUUUUGUUAUUCAGGACGCUAUACAAGGUUUUCAUUGAGCAAACGCUCAAUGCACAAUCAAUCCUUUUGUCAUAUAUUAUAAAGAAGAAGCACAAAAUUUAAAGUUUACAAGCUUCAUAGCAAUCGCAGAAUUUACUAAACAUAACCAUGUUGCCGUUCGGCUGUUUAUAACAAAUUGUGUGAAUUUCAUUAAAAAAAAACUACCUUACCUGAAAAAUAUCCAUUUUUUUUCUGAUGGAUCAGGCAGUCAAUACAAAAAUAAGAUGACUGCUUUCAAUUUGUGCCACAUGUACAAAGACUUCGGUCUUAAAUCAGAGUGGAACUUUUUUGCCACUUGCCAUGGAAAAGGGCCUUGUGACGCUUUAGGAGGUGUUCUAAAGCGAAACGCUUCAAAAGCAAGUUUACAAGGCCAUCAUAUUACAACUGCGUACGAACUU